AUGGCGGAAGAAGAGACGAUUCGACCGCAGUUUCCAAUCACAAGGGUGAAGAAGAUCAUGAAACUCGACAAAGACAUCAACAAAAUCAACUCGGACGCUCUUCACGCCGUCGCUUACUCCACCGAGCUCUUCCUCCACUUCCUCGCCGAGAAAUCGUCGGUAGUAACGGCGGAGAAGAAGCGGAAGACAGUUAAUCUCGAUCACCUGAGAGUCGCCGUCAAAAGACACCAACCCACCAGCGAUUUUCUCCUCGACUCGCUUCCUCUUCCCUCCGCUCAGCCCGUCCGAGCCGCUAAAACGGCGUCGGAGAAGGCUCCGCCUGUUGGGACUCGCCGCAUCGACGAUUUCUUCAAUAAAGGGAAGGCCAAAAAAACUGAUUCCACCUAA